AUCGAGCAUUGAAGUGUUUUAGGUGGUCACGAGGCAAAUGCUUGGUCACCUACCCAACCCACGCUGCUAUUAGUUUGUUUGAUCCAACAACCCUUUCUUCCUCGUAACGAUUUUUCCAUGACUCUGCUGCCAGCUCUUGCUAUCUUCUUCCUCUUCGUUGCUCUCUACUGUGGGCUGGACCCCUUCCACCACAGCCCAAUAGCCCAUUUCCCGGAAUUCCAGACCAAGACGGUCGACCUUCCCCCAUGGUCGGACAUUCCCACCGACCAAGACAAACAUAAUCUGUUGCAGAAGUCCGAGAUUAAGUUCCUGAACCAGGUCCAGGGACCAGAGAGCAUUGCUUUCGAUCCUCUUGGUCGUGGCCCUUACACUGGUCUUGCUGAUGGAAGAAUCGUCUUCUGGAACUCUCACUCUUGGCUUGACUUUGCCUAUACCUCUCCCAAUAGGUCGGAGAUAUGUAAUCCAGUAGCAUCUGCAACCCCAUUUAGUUAUGUGAAGACUGAGCAUAUCUGUGGAAGGCCUUUAGGGCUCAGAUUUGACAAGAAAACAGGUGAUUUGUUCAUUGCUGAUGCAUAUUUUGGGCUCUUGAAGGUGGGGCCUGAGGGUGGCUUAGCAACAUCUCUUGUAACUGAGGCUGAAGGGAUUCCACUGAAAUUUACUAAUGAUGUUGAUGUUGAUGGGGAAGGGAAUGUUUAUUUUACAGAGAGCAGUGCUCAUUAUCAGAGGAGGAAUUUCCUUCAACUGGUAUUCUCUGGGGAUGAUAGUGGCAGGGUUUUGAAAUACAACCUAGCCACUAAGGAAACCACUGUUCUUUUUAGGAACAUUCAAUUCCCAAAUGGCAUUACCUUAAGCAAGGAUGGAUCCUUCUUUGUCUUGUGUGAAGGGGUUGUUGGCAGGUUACGUAAAUACUGGCUGAAAGGAGAAAAGGCUGGGACUUCAGAGAUUUUAGCCACUCUACCUGGAUUUCCUGACAAUGUGAGAGUCAAUGAAGAUGGUGAUUUUUGGGUAGCUCUUCAUUGUAGAAGGUAUAUGUAUCCAUACUAUAUGGGUCUGUACCCAAAGAUAAGGAAAAUCAUACUCAAGCUUCCUAUACCAUUAAAAUUUCAUUACAUGCUACAAAUAGGAGGUCACCAACAUGCAGUAGUUAUGAAGUAUAGCCCUGAAGGUAGAAUUUUGCAGAUAUUGGAGGACAGUGAGGGGAAAGUUGUUAAAGCGAUAAGUGAAGUGGAGGAGAAGGAUGGUAGACUAUGGAUAGGAAGUGUUCUCAUGCCUUUUGUUGCAGUAUACAACUUGAAAUGAAGCUCUUUAGAUUCUCUUUGCUAGGUUGACUUGGCAAUUAAAGAGGGUUUUGAUUCAAUAUUAUCAAUAAUGAGUCUUAAAUUCCUGGUUUGAAAUUGAAAUGUUGUAACGAGUUUUGCUUCCACGUUACCAUUACCGUGGUUGGUGGUGUUUACAUUGAUAAACAAUUUUACUUUUAUACGUGGAUACUGGUGUUUUCAUUGAUUAUCAAAAUGAAGAAUGUAUACCAAAAUAUUACUUUGGUUUGGUUUGGUUUGAUA